GGGAGGGAUGGGCGUGAGCGCGGAGCCGCGGAGUCUCGCCGUGGCCGGGGCCGGGCUCGCGUCCCCCGUGAUCGAGAAGGCGCGCUCUGCGCUGUUGCCGCCGCAGGACGUGGAGGACACGGUGGAGACGCUCAUGAUGACAAGCCCAAGGCGUGGAGAGUGACUGGCACAGAGGGAGUGGAGAUGGUACGAUUUGGCACUGGAAACAGAGACUCUGGAGCAGGUUUCCAGAUACGGAAGAGAUGUCCAAGGAAGAGAGGGACCUGGUGUGUGAGGGGAUUGAAUCCCCCAACACUUCAGAGGCUCAGUUACAUCCGGUGAUCAAGGCUUUCCUCUGUGGUUCUAUCAGUGGGACCUGCUCCACCCUCCUCUUUCAGCCUUUGGAUCUCCUCAAAACACGCCUGCAGACCCUACAGCCCUCGGACCUACGGUCCAGGCGUGUCGGGAUGUUGGCUGUGUUCUUGAAGGUGGUUCGCACAGAAAGUCCUCUGGGCCUUUGGAAAGGAAUGUCUCCUUCCAUCAUGAGGUGUGUCCCUGGCGUCGGAAUCUACUUUGGCACUCUGUACUCUUUGAAGCAGUAUUUCUUGCGAGGCCAUCCUCCCACCGCCCUGGAGUCCGUUAUCCUGGGCAUGGGCUCACGCUCUGUCGCAGGAGUCUGCAUGUCACCCAUCACAGUGAUCAAGACACGCUAUGAGAGUGGGACUUACAGCUAUGGGAGCGUCUAUGCAGCCCUGAGGAGCAUCUACUGCAGUGAGGGCCACCGGGGCCUCUUCAGAGGCCUGACAGCAACUCUGCUGCGUGACGCGCCCUUUUCAGGGCUCUACCUGAUGUUUUACAGCCAGACCAAGACCGCAGUGCUCUGUGGUACAGACCAGUUAGAUGUUGCUGUGAUGCCCCUGGUUAAUUUCAGCUGUGGGAUAUUUGCUGGCAUUUUGGCUUCACUGGUGACUCAGCCUGCAGACGUGAUCAAGACUCACAUGCAGCUCUCCCCAGUGAAGUCCCAGUGGAUUGGCCAGGCAGCCGCGCUCAUCUUCAAGAACCAUGGGCUGCGUGGCUUCUUCCAUGGCAGCGUUCCCCGGGCCCUCCGUAGAACUCUGAUGGCUGCCAUGGCAUGGACUGUCUAUGAAGAAAUGAUGGCCAAGAUGGGUCUGAACUCCUGAAAGAGACGGCUGGGGAAGGAAGAUCUGCCGUCUUGCCUGGUUCCUGAUGUGGCCCGCUGCAGCUCACUUUCCUGGAGUCAGGUGAAGUGCAGUCUGAGGAACCAGGCAGAAAUGCUGUUGCCUUUAGUCCCCCAUUCAGAGAGAGACCGGAGGAGCCUGGAGCCCCCGGAGCCUCAGACACUCAGAGAGAGACCGGAGGAGCCUGGAGCCCCCAGAGCCUCAGAAAUGGAGUCACCAGUGCCCACAGCUCCGGACACACUCCCAGUCAACACACAGGAGCUGGGGAGCAAGCCUGGUUGUCCCACAGGCUAUGAGAGGCAUUUCUAGGGAGACCUCUGCCAGAUUGCUCUGUUUGGGCCACCUACCUCCAUCACAGGACACCGUAGAUUUGCCUAGAAGCCAGGAAUCCCACAGUAGAGAGGUUGUGGGCCUCCUGCCAUGGCUGAGGGCAGGAGUCUCAAGUUAGGGAAGACUGGACCCAAGCGCUGCCGUGGACCAGUGAGAUGGCUUGGCAAGGAACGUCAGCUCUUCAGGUGACCUGCAGUGGAUACCAGGAAAGUCAGCUUGUCAUGUGACCUGCAGUGGGUCCCAGGACUCAUGGUGGAGGGACCUAGUUCCUAUAAGUUGUUCUCUGACUUCCUCAUGUGCACUGUGGCAAACACCUAUAUCCAAUAAGUGAAUAAAUGUAAUUUUUUAAAUAAAGACAUCAGUGGACUGGAGACUGAGGUGACAAAAAUAAACAAUCCUGUACCAGUGUGAAA